AUGCCAAAAGAUACAAAGACGCACAGUACAAGUUCUCGUAAGAAUCCUGUCGAUAAAACAAAACAAUCUAUCAAAGAUAUUGCCCACAAUUAUCUUCUACUGGUUUGCCUCACUAGCAGUGAUGAUCCCACCAUUACAGAACUUCUCUCUGUGCCCGCGACCUAUUCAUACCUUCAACUUCAUCAAAUUAUAAAAAUCGCAUUUGAGGGAAAGGCAGUUCUGAGCAUGAAGAUACAUGAGGAUCGAAUUGGAAUCAUGUUCGAUGUUUUUGAUGGUCCCGAUACGUGA